UUUCACCCUCCCGGCAGUAACACAAGUGAUACAACACCCAGAAAGAUCCAGACAGUCUCGCCAAUGUCGGAACCUCAGAAUCCUCUCGGGGAAAUCCACACAAAUCAGAACUCGCCCGAUCAGACCGCAAAAGAAACAGCGGUCUUGAAUAGCUCGGUUUCUCCGCCGCAGUCGUCCACCGAUCAAGACCGAGGUCACAAUGAGUCCGGAGAAAUGAAUGAGCAGAACGGUGGAGGUGAGGGCGCAGGGGAGAAGGAUGCGGAGGGCGCUGCGCUCGAUCGCACGCCGUCGCAGGCGCAGAAAUUGGGCAAGAAGAAUGUCGCUAUUGUCAUGACGGCGCUUUGUUUGGCGUUGUUUCUUGCAGCUUUGGACAUGACCAUCGUUUCCACUGCCUUGCCCACCAUGGCCGCCCAUUUUCACGCCUCGGAAAGCGGAUACUCGUGGAUGGCCUCGUCCUACCUCCUCGCCAAUGCCUCGUGCGUUCCCCUGUGGGGGAAAAUCAGUGAUAUUUGGGGGCGGAAACCCAUCCUCCUCCUGGCCAACAUGCUCUUCCUGGCAUCCAGCUUGAUCUGCGCGCUGGCCAUCAACCUGCCGAUGAUCCUCGCGGGCCGCGCCCUCCAGGGCAUUGGCGGCGGCGGGAUCAUCGUGCUGGCCAACAUCAGCGUGUCGGACCUGUUCAGCGUCCGCGACCGACCCAUGUACUACGGCCUCUUCGGCGCCACCUGGGCCAUCGCGGGCGCCCUGGGCCCCAUCAUCGGCGGCGCGUUCACAACCAGCGUCACCUGGCGCUGGUGCUUCUACCUCAACCUCCCCAUCGGCGGCGUCUCCCUCGCGGCGCUCUUCUUCUUCCUCCACAUCGAGUCCAGCAAGACGCCCUUCCUCGACGGCCUCCGCGCCAUCGACUGGGUCGGCACCCUCCUCAUCAUCGGCGGCACGCUCAUGUUCCUCUUCGGGCUCGAAUUCGGCGGCGUCGACUACCCCUGGUCCUCGCCCACCGUCAUCUGCCUCAUCGUCUUCGGCGUCUUCACCUGGACCCUCGCGCUCAUCUACGAGUGGAGAUUCGCCAAGUACCCCGUCAUCCCCACCCGCAUCUUCAACAACUGGCACAACGUCACCAUCCUCGUCAUCUGCUUCUGCCACUCCUUCGUCUUCAUCGCCGGCUCCUACUACCUCCCCCUCUACUUCCAGACCGUCCUCCUCGCCACCCCGAUCCUCUCCGGCGUCUACGUCCUCCCCAUGGUCCUCUCCCUCUCCGUCCUCUCCGCCGUCACCGGCAUCUCCAUCAAAAAGACCGGCCGCUACCGCGAACUCAUCGUCGGCGGCCUCUUCUUCCUCACCCUCGGCUACGGCCUCCUCAUCGACCUCAAGCCCUACGCCUCCUGGUCCCGCAUCGUCAUCUACCAACUCAUCGGCGGCAUCGGCGCCGGCCCCAUCUUCCAGGCGCCCCUCGUCGCCCUCCAGGCAAACAUCCACCCCGCAGACGUAGCAGCCGCAACCGCCACCUUCGGCUUCCUGCGCCAAACCUCCGCCGCAAUGUCCGUCGUCCUCGGCACAGUCAUCUACCAGAACGUGCUGGGCCAGCAAAUGCCGCGCGUCGCCGCCGUCAUCGGGCCCAAGAACACCGCCGCCAUCGCGCACUCCUUCUCCGGCUCCCAGGCGCCCCUCAUCCGCUCCCUGCCCAAAAACCAGCAAUCCGCCAUUCUCACCGCCUUCAACUUCACCCUCUCCCGCAUGUGGAUCUUCUACACGGCUAUCGCGGCCGCCGGCCUCAUCAUCAGCCUGUUCAUCCGUCCUGUCGUGCUCAACAAGAACCACACGGCCGUGAAGACGGGCCUCGCGGAGCAGGAGCGCGCUAGGUUGGAGAUCCUGGCGGAGAAGCGGGAUAAAGACCAGCGGAGGAAGGAGGAGGUUUAAUCCCCC